AUGCGAGGCCCAACUAUCAUCAAAGCAGAGGAUGACAAGACCAGAAGCCUGAAUAAGCACACACUUAUGGCUUUCUCUGGAGAGGCAGGAGACACUGUUCAAUUCGCCGAUUACGUCCAAGCAAAUGUUCAACUGUAUACGAUGCGCAAUGACACCGAGCUCAGCACCCCUGCUGUAGGCAAUUUCAUUCGAGGAGAGUUGGCUCGCAGCUUGCGAUCACGAAGCCCUUACACAGUCAACCUCUUGCUGGGUGGUGUGGACCCCACCACUGAGCAGCCUCACUUGUACUGGAUUGACUACUUGGCUUCGUUGGCACCCGUACCAUAUGCCGCCCAUGGUUAUGCCCAAUACUACUGCCUCUCUCUCCUCGACAAACAUCAUAACCCCAACAUUUCCCUCGAAGAAGGCAUCAAACUCCUUGGGAUGUGCACAGAUGAGCUCAAGCGUCGGCUACCGAUCGAUUACAAGGGACUUGCGGAACUGAAGAACUUCGGCGUUUCAUUCCUUCUCCUCCUCCUCCUCCACCACAACACUCCUGUCGCAAUGCCUAAGAGACUAGCAGAUCUUCCUCUUGGGGAGAAUUUCCCAGGGCCGCCGGCAUCGAAAAAGCCGCGCGUGGAGGACGAGAGUGAAGAUCACAUCCCCAACGGCGCACCCGCGCAAUCAGAGCAAGACGAUCGCAAUGGUGCCAACAUCCUAGCAGCCGCCGAUAAAGCAGGGCAGGAGCUGGACGGAGACGCGCAGGAUGAUUCAGGUCUCUCGGAUAUUGACGACGAUGCCUCCGCGCUCAGUGCACCCAAACGACAAAACCAGCCGAUGGAGGGCUACGGCGACCUCUACCUCGAUACGGUCAACAGAGGAGUACUGGACUUUGAUUUCGAAAAGUUGUGCUCCAUCAGUCUCUCGAAUAUCAACGUGUACGCUUGUCUCGUCUGCGGCAAAUAUUUCCAAGGUCGCGGUCCCAAAUCGCAUGCGUAUUUUCAUGCGCUCGAGGUCGGGCAUCAUGUCUUUGUCAAUAUGGGCACCAAGAAGGUCUACGUGUUGCCAGAAGGAUAUGAAGUCCAAAGCAAUAGUUUGGAUGAUAUAAAAUACGUGGUGGAUCCGCAUUUCUCGAAGAGUGAAGUAAUCAAAAUGGAUAAAGAGGUCCGCGACGCUUGGGAUCUCCAUGGUGCCAAGUACAGACCAGGUUUCGUGGGUAUGAACAACAUCAAAGCCAACGACUAUAUGAACGUGGUGGUUCAGCUUCUGGCGCACGUCCUCCCAAUCCGCAACUUUUUCCUCCUCCACGAGUUCCCACAAUUGGGCACUCCGCAACUUGCCCUUCGCUUCAGUACACUUGUACGCAAGCUAUGGAACCCCAAAGCAUUCCGAUCUCAUGUUUCUCCGCACGAGUUGUUGCAAGAAAUCGCCCUGCGCUCAUCAAAGCGCUUUACCCUCAGCCAACAAUGCGACCCUGUGGAGUUCUUAUCAUGGUUCCUCAAUAAUCUCCAUCUGUCCCUGGGCGGUUCCAAGAAGCCAUCCAAGACACCCACUAGUGUAGUCCAUGCAGCCUUCCAGGGCCGGGUACGAAUUGAAUCACAGGCUAUCACGGCCCACAGUGACACUCAAAAUGCACGUCUGGUUUUCACGGAAUCUGGCGAAAUCAACAGCCAAGUCACCCCAUUCCUCAUUCUCACACUGGAUCUACCCCCGACCCCUCUCUUCCAAUCCGCAAAUCGGGAAUCUAUCAUCCCACAGGUCCCUCUUACCACACUUCUCAACAAAUACAAUGGCAUCACCGCCUCCGAGAAGAUGGCCCAUCGUGUCAGACAUCGCCUCCUCCAUCCUCUACCGCCUUACCUCCUCUUCCACAUCAAACGCUUCAACAAAAACCGCUUUGUGUCGGAGCGAAACCCUACUAUUGUCACUCAUCCCAGCCCCCGCUCCCUCGACAUGUCACCUUACGUGGAGCCAAACCCGGAAGCCUGGCCCCCAGGAGAACCAAUCCUGUACGACCUCGUAGCAAACAUCAUCCUGGAUCCCUCCAUCGCAGCCCCCGGUGCUACUGAGGAUGCAGCUGACAAGGGUGUCAAUGCCGCGUCUGGAUCAUCCUCCGGAGCUGGUGGCGGCAGCGAAAAGGUCUCCUGGCUUGUCCAGCUGCACGACAAGGCCAUGUCGGCUGAUAACACACGCCAUCAAAAUGGUGGUGGUGCGGAACAGCGUGGACCGGAGUGGCUUGAGAUUCAGGACUUGUUCGUCAAGCGUGCCGAGAGUGAGACUCUCUUUACGCGCGAGGGAUACCUGAUGGUUUGGGAGCGCAGAAAGGUCCCUGGCCAGAAGGGCAAGAGCCAAGCUGCCAAAUAA